GCGGCGGGGGUCCUGGGGGUCGUGAUGGUUCUGGUUCUAGUCAUCCUCAUCCCGGUUCUGGUCAACUCAGCGGGGACAGCGGCACACUACGAGAUGCUCGGUACCUGCAGGAUGGUGUGCGACCCAUACGGAACCAAAUCUCCCACCAGCACCGCCUCGACGGACCCGGCCCGAGACAACAGCCUCGUGCAGUCUUUACCUACUUUUAUCCAAGGUGCGAAAGGGGAACCGGGUCGUCCAGGUAGAGCAGGUCCGAGGGGACCUCCUGGUGAGCCGGGACCGCCUGGUCCAGCGGGGCCACCUGGGGACAGAGGUGAGCCGGGCAGACCCGGGUUACCGGGACCUCCGGGGUCCGGAGGAGCUGCAGGUGCGAUCAGCGCGGCCACCUACAGCACCGUGCCCAAGAUCGCCUUUUACGCAGGGCUCAAAAAGCAGCACGAGGGCUACGAGGUGCUCAAGUUCGACGACGUGGUGACCAACCUGGGAAACCACUACGACCCCAGCGCGGGGAAGUUCACGUGCUCCAUCCCCGGGAUUUAUUUCUUCACUUACCACGUCCUGAUGCGGGGAGGAGACGGAACCAGCAUGUGGGCAGAUCUGUGCAAAAACAACCAGGUGCGUGCCAGUGCCAUAGCCCAGGAUGCGGACCAGAACUAUGACUAUGCCAGUAACAGCGCUGUGCUGCACCUGGAGCCAGGAGACGAGGUGUACAUCAAACUGGACGGGGGCAAAGCUCAUGGAGGAAACAACAACAAGUACAGCACCUUCUCCGGGUUCAUCAUCUACGCGGACUAGACGGCAGCGACACCUUCGUGACCUCAGCUUUUACAGACCUCGUGGCCAAAUCCUUCGCCGAAUCUUCCUCAGACUUACUCUUCAAAACACGUGUGGACUAACCAAUACAUCCGCCUUCAUGACCCGCAUAUUAUUUCAGUUUCUAUAUUUUUGACGACAUCAAUUCGGAUAACAGCAUUAAUGAAACGAUCGGAAGUGUGGGAUCCUGUCUGUCACAUGGGGAGGAGUGCACGACACAUCCGUUAGCGGUAGCCUUCUGAUGUUAUUAGAAGUAACGGUCUUAAAGGAGGUGUUAAUAGGCAUCAUUACGAGGAAUGAGUUACACUGAUGUGUCAUCACCCUCACAUUUGAUUGGUCGAAAGAGAAAAUCUGAUAGAAUUAGAGGAGAGUAUAUCUGGAAAACUGACAGUGGGAUAACUGUGUGCAAUAUCUAAUAUAUAAAUGAUAUUCAUGGUGAUUAUCUAAAAGAAGGUUUGUUGGUUUUUGAUACCAUGCAUUGAUUAAGUUAAGAAAAAGCUGGUAACACUUGAAGUGCAUUUUGAGCAGCAGCCUUUCAGCGUCAAAACACUAUGACAUCUUUCAUUGAAGAGCAAAACGAAUGAAAUAUCAUCUUUUUUUCAAAUAACACAUGUGGUGAUAUCUUAGCAUGGCUUUGUAGCACCACUUCCACCAAGUGUUAUUCAAAGGCUUUCAUUUUUUACACAUUUCUCAGCGAGAACAGAUAGAAACAGCUACAGGCUAGAGAUACACAUGUAUGUUUUACCCAAAGUAGCUUCCAUUGAUGAAGGAGACCUCAUGUCUUUGAAUUAUUUAGAUUUAUUUUAAUUCAAUAUAUAUUUUUUAAUCAUAUUAGAUUGAUCUAAAUGGAGGGAUUUAGUAUUUUCUCUAAAAUUAAAUUGUUGGCAGUUCAACAAAAUACAAAAUAAUUCAUGACCUUAGUUUUUCCAAAAAUCCAGGCAGAUUACAGAAUGCUUUUCAAGUCUUUGUUCUGAAAUACACUUAAUACUAAAUGAAUGAAUAGAAGAAAACAACUGUAUUUCCCAAGAUUUCAGACGGUUCCCUGUCUUAACCAUAUUGUGAACUCAAGUACCCUGAAUGACAUUUGUGUGUGAGCUGUUUAAACUCAGUGCUUCCUGAGAUGCAGUUGCUGAAAGACACAUAUUUGUGUUGUUUCGGACAUAUAAUCAUUUGAGUAUUAAGGCUUCAAAUGUGCCUUUUUUGCAGAGUACAUUUUUGACUUGUCCCAAAAGUAAAAGCACAGGUGUAAAGGAUGAAACUAACGAUGGCUGGAUCCCAUUUAGCUGCUUUGAUUUCAGGUGCCUGGUCUGCACAUGCCAACAUUGUUAGCGUCAUUAUCAAACCUGACAGCAUCUAAAUGUGUGCUGUGGGAAUGGCUUCUUCCAAUGAACCAGUUACUUACCAUUGCUGUUGGUAAUUGACGGUAAAGGUUGAACCCUUGGGAAAGCGUAAUACUUGCUGAUCUUGCCAGAGGAGCAGACUGAGUAGUGUGUGAGAUGCUACUUCAACUGGAGGCUACCACCUAACCCUAACCAUACACAACACUUCAGUAUGUAUCACAGUUCAAAUAGAAAGAUAUUAAAAUAGAGUUUUAUGUUUUGAUGUGUAAUAUAAUACAAGAAAGUAUAAAGUUUAUUUAAUUACAGCUCUGACCCAAACACGGACGGUCAUUUUGGGGUGAUUUUGACUGAAAGGAUGCUUGUAUUGGAACCAGUGCUGUGAACUGACUACAACAUUUGGAAACUCCAAAUUGAGUGUCCCCAUGUAGGAGUAUCUUCACAUGGCAUCAACAAAUAUGGCAAACCAGUUCCAACUGAGCAGGAGCCACCAUCCCUGAGUGGAUCCAAUAUGUGUGCUCCUCUGAUGUGUGUCCUGGUAGCCUUUCUGGCGAUGUGUAUUGAAAUAGUGUGGCCUGAUUGGCUGUGGGUCAGCCCUGGUGUGUGAUCAUACUCCUUCGCCCUGACCAAAUGUGUGAACUGAAAGCACUAUGCAGAAGUAGAGAAUGUACAGUGUCAUAGAAAGUGUGCGUCACUGUAACGGGAAUCAUGUGUAAAUACUGUAGUGAUACAAACUGUUCUUAUUUUUUCUGCCUACCCCAUGUACAGAAUGCUAGAAGAGUGUAUACUGAUUUUAAAUACUUGAUUAAUCAACUCAUUAUUCAGUAACCACUGAUUGUCUUGAAGUUCUAGCCUCACCAGUGUAUUGGUGUGAAAGGCAUAUGUAUGGUAGAUACAGUGUCAGGUGUGUGCAAUACUAUAAAACACGUUGCACUCUUCUUCUGUCUGACAACAGUCACCUGUGUUACCUCAAA